GUAGUCUGUUUCUUGAAAAACGGGUUUAAUCAAGAUAGAUCUACCUUGGGUGAAGAUAUGAUUGCAAAAUUCUUCAAUUUGUUGUCAUCUGCAAAUCACUGAGCUCUUCUUCAAAUCUAUAUGUGUGUGUGUCAAGUCCAAACCUGGUUUCGUCUGCAGAUACAUCAAUCAAUGCAUUGAACCAGUAAUAAAAUGGUACCACAACUCAAGAGACGAAUUUGUAAAACAUUGAGUUUGGAAACAUAUUUGAUUGUAUUUGGCAUUGCAUCUCUGAUCAUCUACUUCUAUAUACUUCGAGCUGACAUUGAAAAGGGUGGAUGGUUGGUGGCUGAUGAUGUGACCUUGACUCCGGAUCCGUUGUUAAAAUUUGAAGCCCGUGUCCAGGAAAAAUGCCUGAGUGAAAAGGUGGAGAAAUCCCCCAAUGCUUUGUUAAAUCUUACCAUUGUGGAUGGGGAUGAGGAUCCAUUGAAUUCGCUGGGUAUUGUGCGAAACAAACAGGACAAGUAUAUACGUGACAUUGGCUAUAAGCAACAUGCCUUCAAUGCCUUGGUCUCGAAUAAUAUUGGUUUAUCUCGCCCGGUGCCUGAUACAAGACACAAAGUAUGCCCCCGCGCUGUGACCCAGCCAUCUGAAACACUGCCAACUGCUUCCAUUGUAAUGUGCUUUUAUAAUGAACACAAAAUGACACUAUUCCGUUCCAUAAAGAGUGUAAUCGAUCGUACUCCAGAAUGGCUGCUGAAAGAGAUAAUAUUGGUGGAUGAUUACAGUGAUUCACCAGAAUUGGAAUUCCAUUUGGUGCCCGAAUUACAUUCCCAAUUGCAAUAUGAUAAUUUGCAUUAUAUUCGCAACACCAAGCGGGAGGGUCUCAUUCGCUCCAGAGUUAUAGGAGCCCAUGAGGCAAAAGGUGAUGUCAUCAUCUUUUUGGAUUCACACAUUGAAGUUAAUCAGCAAUGGGCCGAGCCAUUGCUGCGUUUGAUACGUGACGAGAAUUCGACAUUGGCAGUGCCAGUUAUAGAUUUAAUAAAUCCCGAUACAUUCCAGUAUACCUCAAGUCCCCUAGUACGUGGGGGUUUCAAUUGGGGUCUCCACUACAAAUGGGAGAAUCUGCCGGAUGGAACGCUUAAGGAUCAAGAAGAUUUUAAGGGUCCCUUCAAAUCACCCACCAUGGCUGGUGGUUUAUUUGCUGUGAAUCGCAAGUAUUUCGAUUAUAUUGGCAGCUAUGACAUGGGCAUGGAUAUCUGGGGUGGUGAGAACUUGGAGAUCUCUUUUCGAGUAUGGCAAUGUGGAGGGGCCAUUAAGAUUGUACCAUGUUCUCGGGUCGGCCACAUCUUUCGAAAACGCCGACCCUACUCAGCCCCGGAUGGCACCAACACAAUGAUGAAAAACUCGCUACGUCUGGCUCAUGUCUGGAUGGACGACUUCAAACGUUUUUAUUUGAUACAUGAAAAAAUCUCACCAAGCUAUGAUUACGGCGAUAUCAGCGACCGUUUGGCCUUAAGGGAGAAAUUGCAAUGCAAAUCAUUCGAUUGGUAUCUGAAGAAUGUCUAUCCCGAAUUGCGGAUACCUGGCGAAGAAAUCAUCAAAAGUAAUGGAAAACAACAGCAGCUACCAGUUUUUCAGCCAUGGCAUUCGCGCAAACGUAACUACAUUUCCACCUACAUGUUAAGACUCUCAGGAACAAAAUUAUGUGCCUCCGUGGUGGCACCCAAAGUAAAAGGCUUUUGGAAAAAAGGCAGCUCUUUAGUAUUACAACAAUGCCAACAGGGCAGAAAUCAGCUAUGGUAUGAAACGGAUAAAUCCGAAUUAGUUUUAGAUCGCCUCUUGUGUCUGGAGGCGAUUGGUGAUACCCAGGUUGUGAUUAACAAAUGUCACGAAAUGUUGGGCGACCAACAGUGGCGUCAUACCAAAAAUGAACGUAGUCCUAUUUACAAUAUGGCAACUGGUACAUGUCUGCGGGCCGAUAAACCUCAGGCAGGGGCAGCUUUUCAAAUGGAUUUGUGUGCCAAACACGAAUCGAGUGCAUGGGAUUUGGUGGAAGUUCUGAAUACGUAGCCCCCCAAAGAGCAACUCACAGAGAAAUUAAGUCUGAACUGAGUUCAAAAAGCCACAAAAAGACAUUUUUUCCACUGUAUAUAACGUACACAAAACAACAAUUCCACUCAAAUAUUUUUUUGAUAUUAUUUCAUAUUUUUUUAAAGACUUGUUUUUUCGAAUUUUUACGUCCAAUUAUUGUUUUAUAAGUAGAUAUACAUAUUUUUUAUAUAUCUUUUAUACUGCUAUAAAAGUAUCGCAUGAUUCUUUUUUUAUUUUUAAGAUAAAAAAAUAACAAAAUAAAGUAUAUUUUUCACAUAAAA